GGCGUAGAACCGAGUAGAACUAGAAGCUCGAGCACUUAAGUGUAGAAGCAGGAAGUAGAUUGCCUCUCAUCAUAUCCUCACCCUUUGGCGAAGCAGUAGCAGGAUUUGUCCGCUUAUAGAGGAGAGAAAGUCACUAAGCCUAAAGUUUAACAACAAGAACAAAACAAGAUGGACCUGGGUGGCUAUGGUCUCGACGAUGAGGCCUUUGCCGCAUUCGAAUGCAAAAAAGCAGCCCUCGAAGAGAAGAAAGAAGGAGAGCGUGACCAGCGUUUCAUCAAGAAACUCAAUGGCGAGCUACGCCGUGAUCUUGAUCCCGAGGAUCACGAGGAUGUCCUUGCACUAGCCUCAACGGUCAACUACGGAAUCAAGCCGUGCUUGACGCUUAUGGCCGCUGAAGACGCUUUUGCCUCGUAUGUGUCCGCCCUUGCAAGCUUGCCAAAAGGUGCUAUCACUCUCCCUCGAAUGAAGUAGGAAUAUAAUCAGACUUACACUAGAGCUUGCUGUUCUUUCCGUUGUUUAUGAUAAAAGCUGGCUAUUGAUUUGAACCAUACUUCAACUUCUGAUCGUUUUCCUCUUCCUCGGGUCGGCCAUCACGCUGACAGCCCCAACUUCUCAAACAAGGUGAUCCGAUCAAAGAUGCCCUGACGGAUGCUAAAAGCAUGAAGACGAUGAUUAAAGUGAUCGAUGCAUAGCGAAUGCCCGUUAGAGUCGUUGCAACUUCAGGCGUUGAGGUAGAAGCUCUCCUCUGUUUUGUUUUGUGUGUGAAGUAAUUAAAUCGCACAGCACUAGACCCUCCUUCAUGCGUAGACGUAGAGUGACCCGGAUUUCUGUGCAGUUAGUUUUCUAGCAGAUCCGAACGCAAAAGCGAAUCUUUUUCAUUUCGUCAAAACUCCUCAUCCAUAGAUAAAAUGAAAACAGUUUCUUUCUCCUCAGUGGGUCUAUUCUUACUUGCUUAUCUGACUAAACUACUGACUAUCCAUAAUUCCAUCAGUGAGAAAUUGGUAGGGACUCCCGGAUCCCUCUUCGAGCCACCAGCUACCCGAUCGCUGGGAGAUGCACAAGGAAGAUGCCAAGAAAUUUUCGCUUCGUUGGCCACAGUACGCGACGCUCAUGUUGAUUGUGCUGAAUCUUACAAGGAUUUCAAGUGCUUUCAUCCGUCCUUCAUGGAUUUAGUCGCGCCGAGUGUAGCGCAUAUGCUCAGAUACCAGCCGACCCUGGAAGCCUGCUUGACGUGGUGAGUUGUUAUGUGAUUGUCCUACUCAUUCCUUCUAGACGCUGUCUUUCAUCUCUAGGACUAAUCUCGUCUGUUGCUGGACGUGAUCUAUCUUGUUCUUGACACUCAGAAAGCAUGAUGAUGAUGAUGAUGAUGUUCACGAUUUUCCUUUCAUUCUUUCGCAGAGAAAACAAGUGCAACUACAUCUACAAGUCCUUGCCCUCAAAUAAAAGUCACAGCCAGGUCGAUGCUCAAAGCCCUCACUCGUCCCUUCCCCUCUCCUCUUGAGCUUGAUCCUCCUACCUUACCCUUACCCUGCCCCUACCCUAUCUUACCCUACCCUACCCUACCUCCACCCCCGCACUAUCCCUACUCCGACCCCUACCACCUCGCGCAACCUCACGACAGGAUGGGAAAGUUAAGAGCUUUAUUCCGUAAGAUCUUUGGAGUUGGUCUCAUGUUUGGUAGCUUAGCAAACUAGAGUUUUCCGAUGUUUCAUCUCCUUGAAUGGUCAUGGUUUCUUCUCCAUCUUAUUCUUAUUGAUUACGACGCAGUCGAACUUUGUCUCUUCUAUUAAUCAUAGGUCAACAACGAACAAGGAAAUGCUUAACAAAUUCUGCUGGCUGCAGAAGACUCAAGAACGCAACCGUCAGAGAAAGCAGAACGAGAAGAUCAUGAGAAAGGCAAAAGUCCAUGACUCUGGAAAAAAAGUGGUGAAGCCGAUGGGCAAAUAUCUCGGCUCCAAUGCCAGUCCCGGCAGUUCCAUUCGAGGCCGGCAUCGCAGCAGCAAAGCCACGAGUGCGGCAUCGUCUGCGCCAGGCUCUGGACUAUCCAAGCAUACGAUACCCCGGCGGGUUAUACCCUUCGAAGGUUGGGUGAGUACCUUAUCGAGCAGAUUCGCCUUUUGCUGA